AGCCUCGGAGCCAGACAGCCAGCAUUAGCCACCACGACCACGCAGCAGCCGCGCAGCACCUGCGUCCUGCGAGCACACAGCUCCGACCCUCAGCGCUUUGAGUGCCUUGUGUUGUUUGUGAGGAGGCGCGCGCGGCGCGGCACAGACAGAUGGCGCAGUCCAUGCUCAUGUCGACGAGCGUCAGCGGCGGCCGCGCGCUGCCGUCGCUGCAGGCCGCCCGGCCGGCGGCGGCGUACCCGCGGCUCGCGCUGCCGUCGGUGAACAGGCACUCCAAGUCCGUCUCCGUGAAGACCCUGGCACUGUUCGGCAAGUCCAAGGCCGCCAAGGCCGCGCCGGCCAAGAAGGUUGCUGCGCCCAAGCCGAAGGUUGAGGACGGUAUCUUCGGCACGUCCGGCGGGAUCGGUUUCACCAAGGAGAACGAGCUGUUCGUCGGCCGUGUCGCCAUGCUUGGCUUUGCCGCGUCGCUGCUCGGAGAGGCCAUCACCGGGAAGGGCAUCCUCGCCCAGCUGAACCUGGAGACGGGCAUUCCCAUCUACGAGGCGGAGCCCCUCCUCCUCUUCUUCAUCCUCUUCACCCUCCUCGGCGCCAUUGGUGCUCUCGGAGACCGUGGUACCUUCGUCGACGACGUCACCGGACUCGACAAGGCCGUCAUCCAACCCGGCAAGGGCUUCCGCGGCGCCCUCGGCCUCAGCGAGGGAGGGCCGCUGUUUGGGUUCACCAAGUCGAACGAGCUGUUCGUGGGGCGGCUGGCGCAGCUGGGCGUGGCCUUCUCCAUCAUCGGCGAGAUCAUCACGGGGAAGGGCGCGCUGGCGCAGCUCAACAUCGAGACGGGCGUGCCCAUCAACGAGAUCGAGCCGCUCGUGCUCUUCAACGUCCUCUUCUUCUUCAUCGCCGCCAUCAACCCCGGAACCGGCAAGUUCAUCAUCGGCGACGACGAAAAAGAGUAAAUCAUGCGCAUGGUUUUGUUUGUGAUUGAUCGAUCAGUGCGUCUCUGUGCGUGUGCGUGCUUUGUUGUGUAUUACGCGUGAGGCCUUUGAAGGUAGGGUGUUGCGUUGGGUUGUAUUGUAAAAACAAGAGCUUAGCUAAUAUCCAAUGGCUGCCAGACUGUCAGUGUUCUCUUAGAGUAAGAUGUUGUUUAGUUCCGUUUCAAAGAAUGAAACCGAAGAGACCUGUGUACCA